AACCAAACCGAUUGCAAUCGAACUCCGAUUGUUAACACUGAUCUCAAUUUUAAUGAAUUCCAUUCUGACAUCGAGCGAAACGGAGACAACAAAGAAAUGAAUUCAAGAGAAAGAUAUUGCUUUAAAUGCGAUUCAACGAUUGAUCCAAACUGCGCAAGUGAAUUAAAUGACACAAUGGUUGAGAUGUGUCCGUAUGCGGAGAGAGAUUUAGGUUGCUUUCACAUGAUUACAGAUUCAAAAGUCGUACGCGGUUGCGUUGUUGAAUUGAAAGAAAUCGAAAAAGAGAAAUGUAUGGCAAAUGAUGAAACCUGUAAAACAUGCUUCGGAGCUAGUUGUAAUCGAAAAAAGAACUUUUCUCAGUGCUACGUAACUGAUGAACCAUACACACCGCUCCCUUUGCCAUACUAUACAAAAGCUUCACCAAAAUUCUGCGCCAAAUACAAUGAUCAAUGCUUUAUUCAAGUGCUUGAAAAUGAUACGGUGAUUCGAGGAUGCGUUGAAGAAUAUGCCGCUGAACAUGAUCUAUCACAAAAAUUCUUAUCGGAAAACGUACCCGAUAACAAAUAUCAAUUGUGUUCUGAACCGUUAUGUAAUGAGAAAUUAGAUCCAAUUUAUUGCUAUUCUUGUGACAGCUCGAAUUUGUCAUGCACCAAAAUUAGAAGUGAUUUCCAGAAACAGUGUCCUUUAGAAGCUAAAUCAUCUGGCUGUUAUCAUUCCAUCAAAGGAGAUUACGCUGAACGAGGAUGUAUCAGCGAGCUUGAAGGAGAUACACGUACCGAAUGUCAAUCAGAUAGUGAACAUUGUAAAAAAUGUAUCGGAAAUUAUUGUAAUAAUGCAAAAGGUUUCUCGCGCUGCCUUUGGAGUAAUCAGACCGAUUAUAUUGGUGUUUCGAGAUUGUGUAGCAAAUACAAUGAUCUGUGCAUUACGCAUGCAUCUGACUCGAUUCGACGUGGCUGUUUGCAUGAUUGGAUAGAAGAACAACCAAAUGGCAUUGAUAUCAAGGCUGACUGUGAAAAUCCAAACAUAUGCGAAAAGUGCUCCGGCCAGGAUUGUAAUAAACGAUUCAUCGGAAGAGAAUAUUGCCUUGCGUGCUCAUCCAGCUUUGAAUGCAAACAUUUUGUAAAUGAAAAAAUGCGAGUGAUGUGUCCAUUUGCAGUGCAAAGCCUGGGAUGCUAUCAGCGGCAAGAUAACGUCAGUAGUGUCGAACGUGGUUGCGCUUCUAGUCUGAAUCCAAUGGAGCUGAGCGAAUGUCAGUCGACAGAUAGCAAUUGUAAAACUUGCCUAGGAGACUCUUGUAACAACAAAAUCAGCUUUACAACGUGUGUCGAUUGUUCGUCCGAAAUCGAUGGCGAUGAUUGCCAGAAUAACACUAUCUUUUUGAAGGAGCAACGAUGCCCAAACUAUUCGGAUCAAUGCUACAUUCGUUUCGAAAAUGGGGUUAUCACACGAAAUUGCACUGAUAACGUUUUAGUCACUCCAAAGGAAUGCGACAAAAGUCGAGACUGUCAUCUUUGCACUGGUAAUAGAUGCAAUGGGAGAAUUAUUGAACCGGAGGUGUGUAUGGUAUGUGAUUCUGCUAACGACCCAGCUUGCAAUUCGACGACAGUGCUCAAGGAAGAGUCAUACAUUAAACAAUGCCCAUUAUCACUUAAAGAAGCAGGGUGCUUCCACUAUAUGAAUCGGAAUACCGAACAGCAUGUCAGAGGUUGCGUCGCUAAACUAUCCGGUAAGGACUUGAUAUUGUCUCAUACGAAUAGAUGGGAAGAGUUCAGAACGUGCAAAGGACCAAAGUGUAACUCAGAGCCCACAUUACCGAGAUGUUUAGUGUGUGAUUCAAGGGAAGAUUCAAACUGUGCAAUCAGACCCAACGCAACGCAUAGCAAAGUGUGUGACUUAUAUAAAAACGAAUGUUUUACCUUGAUCUCGGCAAAAAGUGUUGUACGAGGUUGUUUCAAUGAUGUCGAUAAGGAUAUUAGAGCGCAAUGCUUACAUGAUAGAAAUAAAUGUGCAACUUAUGCAGCAACAGAUAUCGUUGGGCUCAACAAAAAAAUGGUAAAUGAUUUCGAUACGUGCAUUGCGUGUGAUUCAAAGACUGAUCCUGAUUGUCGAUCAAAGCCGAAAGCAUUUAAGGGAAAAAUUUGUGAUCGCAUCGAACCGUCAAAGGCAAUGGGAUGCUAUUUGAGCAUUGUUGGCGAUCACUUGACGAGAGGAUGUAUUCAAGAUUUGAAUCCAGAAAAAGCAGCUAAGUGUCUGGCCAAUUCAGAUACUUGCAAAAGUUGCAGAGCAACAGAUUGUAAUUCAAAAACUGAAUUCCAGGAGUGCUACAGUUGCAACAGUCAAUGUGAUCCAUUAUGUGCAAGAAACGUUCGCUUGGCAAAUACCGAAGUAUGCAAAUGGUACUAUAGUAAAUGUGUAACUGGAAUCGAUCGAAUCGGUUACAUUCAUCGUCAAUGUGCUGAGCAACACCGAACAUUUGAACAACUAUUUUCGAAUCAAUUCCAACUUUGCCAAGGAGAUAAAUGCAAUGGUGGUGUUUAUCCAGCCAACAUUCUGCAAUGCUUCCAAUGCACUGGAGAUGAUAAGAAAUGUGAUAUGACGAAAAACGCUUUAGAACCAGAAUCAUGCAGUAUUGCAUCCGUUCAUGAUCAAUGCUUUACGUAUAUAGGGCCAGAUAAAAAAGUGUUCCGUGGCUGCCUAAGUGAUGCAACCGAGCAACGAUUAUUGUGUGAACUGGUCAAUGAACACAAAAAUGGAUCGUGCGUCAAAUGCGACAGAAGUGGCUGUAACAAGCAACCAAAAUUCGUACAACCAAAACUAUCCUGUAUGCAUUGCACUGAUUCGGAAGAGUGUGCAUUUGGUUUGAGAUUUUCAAAUCAAACCAUGGCAUGUAAAAAUCCGGUUGUAUUUGGCGACGAGGAAACCUGUUUCACACAUUCGAUUAGUGGCAGCACAGAAGUGAAACGUGGCUGCACUUUGGAUGCCAACAAAGAGGAUGAUUGGUGUAAGGAGGAAGAUGGAUGUACCACAUGUUCUGGAUCAAAUUGUAAUUAUAAAAAUGCACGGUACAGUUGGUGUGUGCGUUGCAUAAGCGAUGUCAAUGGCCGUUGCGCUAAGACUUCAAAACUUGAUGAUUAUAUUAGUCAAUGUGUGAAAUCACCUUAUCCAUUCGACAAAAGAGGAUGCUACACAAACGUCAAAAAUGGAAAUGUAACUCGCGGAUGCAUUGCUGACUUAAGUGAUGAAGAGUAUAAAAACUGCAACCCACAAGAGAAGUGUACUCUGUGCUCUGAUGACAAGUGCAAUAAAGAAGCUGUUGGAAGUUCAAGUGUGAAAUUAUCAGACAGCAUCCUGAUGUCAUUCAUGAUUUUACUGGCAUACCUUCGCUAAAUCAUACGUUUUCAAAUUGUUUAAAGACUCGUUUAUUUCUAUUCAGCAAGAAGACACACAAAAAAUUUAAAUUAUAUAUACCUAUGAUUAUAUACAUAGAAAAAGAGAAUAAAAAUAGCCCUGAUGCGCGCUUUGGCUUAAUACUACUGGCCACUAACUUCGUAAUCCUCGAAUUCAAUUUCGAAUAACAGUUGUUGGAUUCUCAAGCGUGCCAAUGCGUUCUUUUUGUUCGGUAAACGUUUCAAAAUGGGUAAACAGCUGAGCAAAAAUCGUUCAUCUGGAUCAUUAUUAUUCGAGGUGUUUGUAUUUGUUUGUGUUAAAACUUUUGUUUGUUGACGUGUCGGCGAUUGAAGUUGUGAAUCGUUGUUUAUGGACGAAUGGCUGGUGGGUGCGCUUAUGUAAUAAACGCUAUUCUCUCCCUUUUUACUGGUGACGGUUGUGUAUUGCGUUGUAUCGAGAGCAUCUUCUUCUAAUUGUUCCUCAUUGUAUUCGUCCACUUCGAUCUGCGUCGGAUACUCGCCAUCACUGUUUAUACAUACAAUUUGAUUUAAGCUAUUCUUGUCGAUCGAUUCACCGUCUGUGUUAAUUGUUUCAAUAUAGUCAUCACCAUCAUACUUAUCGUCGUUACUAAAAGUAGAGAUAAAUUUUACCAUAAAAAAAAUGAAAAAGAAUCAAAUAAAAUCGCAUUUAAUUUAACUCACUUGUCAAAA